UUGUUGGGUCUUAGCUGAGGUUGUUACUGUGCCCCUCCUCUUCCUUGCUUCACCUCCUCAUUUGAGCAAUGGGAACAGUCACCCACAGACUUUACCACAGACUUUCUUCCAUCCAGCCAAUAAACUCACGGGCUCAGGGCCUUCCUGGCAGUCCUGUGAGGUUAGGCCUGUAUCCCUAUUCCAACGAGGAGGUCAGGGGAAGUAUGGGGCUGGGGCUGGGGGCAGCGACUGGAGAGGGCUAGGGGAAGUUAGGAAGUGGGUAGUGGACAACGGGGUAGAAGUCAUAGAUGACAGGGGUCAUAGAAGUUCGGGUCAUUGAAGAUGGGGAAGAGGUCAGAGAACAAAGAGGAUAGGGUUCAAAGGAGAUUGGGGGGAAGGGAAGUGUUCUCUAAGGUGGGUGAACAGGACAACUGAAAAGAAGAGGAUAGUGGAGAACAGACCCUAGGUGGGAGCAGUAGAGGUUGUGGAAAUGAGGCCUCUUGAAGAGAAGCCAGAUGACAUUUCCUAAUUUUGGGUACCAACCAACCAGGGAAAUCCCAUAAUGCCAGUUCACAAGAACACAGAAUGAUAGAACACUAUUGCUUUGACCCCACGCCCGGAAAAGUGCAAAGAGCAAAAUUUACCCAAUCAACCACCAGGUUUUUAAUGAUGGUCAUCACAACUUCCAUGAGUAUAGCAUUUUAAGCAGCUUUUGUAAAUACUUUCAGGGUUUUUUUUGGUUUGGUUUUGUUUUUUAAUCUCAAGUCACUCCCUCCAAAAGAUAGUGGAAAUAAAUUUGAAUAAACAAAACAGGUUUGCUGAAAAUAAAACCAGGACUCCUAAACUGCUCCAGUCAGCUCACUUCCACAGGCCUGUCAGCCAGUGCAGCAGCUGUGGCCGAGCCAGCAGCAUCCAGCAUGAACCAGGUGGUUACAUUCUUGACAGUGGUCAUGGGAACUCAUACCCUCAGUUUGCGGAUCCAGAAGGACUGCAGCCACUGGCCCAGCUGCUGCCCCAGCAAAGGGCAGGACCCCCGUGAGGAGUGGCUGGAGUGGAACACUGUGUCCAUGCCUCCCCCAGAGCCUGCUAGCUUUGCCUACCACCAAGAAUCCUGCAGGGCCAGCAAAGAUGGACCCCUCAACAGCAGGGCCAUCUCCCCCUGGAGAUACGAGUUGGACAGGGACUUGAACCGGCUCCCCCAGGACCUGUACCACGCCCGCUGCCUGUGCCCACACUGCGUCAGCCUACAGACGGGCUCCCACAUGGACCCCCUGGGAAACUCGGAGCUGCUCUACCACAACCAGACUGUCUUCUACCGGCGACCGUGCCCUGGCGAGCGGGGGACCCACAAGGGCUACUGCCUGGAGCACAGAUGAUUCAGAGGAAGAAGCUGUUAUUGGACAUGGAGAGAUUUACCUAAAUAAAUAUCUGUAUUUAAAAAUA